CCUCAGACCUCAAUCUGCAGCUGCUAGAAAGCUGCGAGAAAGCUGCGAGGUCCAAAGAAAAAGUAAGCAAAGAUUAAUGGCCGGAAAUUCAACGUUCAAAUUAUUUUCGACGUCGGGAGGUAUAGGGUUUUUCGAUUCUCCUUCUGAGGCUUCACUCCCUCCUCCGCCUCCUCCUGUCGAAGUACUUUCUUCUCAGGUUUCAUCCACUUUGAAAUGCUCUGUGGAGCCCGUAAACUUGGAUGGUCUUACUUUGCUCAAGGGACGGCUAAGUACCAAAGAGGUUUUUGGGUUGCCUAAUUCUGAUUUAGUACCUGGUGUCUAUGAAGGGGGACUGAAGCUUUGGGAAGGUUCACUGGACCUUGUUAAAGCUCUCCGCUCAGAGGUUCAAAAUGGGCAUUUAUCAUUUACUGGAAAGCAAGUUUUAGAGCUUGGAUGUGGUCAUGGACUUCCAGGGAUCUUUGCAUGCCUAGAGGGUGCAGCUGUCGUACAUUUUCAGGAUUUCAAUGCAGAAGUUCUGCGAUCUCUCACCAUUCCCAAUGUGGAUGUCAAUCUUUCAAAAGAAUUUCCUUGCACUGCAUCGGAUGAGAAAAAUUCUGAUUCUGGUGUGGAACUACGUUUCUUUGCUGGUGACUGGGCUCAAAUCCAUCAGUGUCUUCCUCACAUACAUGAUAAUGAAAAAGAUCUGAACUGUUGCUCAGAGGAGUGUCCAGUUUCCAGUUAUGAUAUCAUUUUAAUGGCAGAGACGAUAUAUUCAAUCUCUGCUCAACAAAGUCUCUAUGAACUUAUAAAGAAGUGUGUUCGCGGUCCUUAUGGAGUGGUAUAUAUGGCAGCAAAAAAGUAUUAUUUUGGAGUUGGUGGGGGAACACGGCAAUUCCUAUCUAUGGUGGAGAAAGAUGGAGUUAUGGAUGCAAGUCUGGUUGCUGAAGUUGUGGAUGGUUCUUCUAAUGUUCGAGAGGUAUGGAAGCUAUCAGUGAAGUAGAUCCAAAAUUUUGUUUGUUUUACAUCAAAUCCUAUCGUUAUCUUGUGUAGAUUUGGUUACUAGACCUCUAAACUUAGGAUCAAAUUCAAAAGAUGUAACCUAUAUUUCCUCAAUAUGCUCAUAUUUGCCAGUCUCUUUUGGCCUUUUUGUCAUCUGUUCUCUCAAACUUUUCUUUAUUUUUUUGGUACAUCAAAUAAUCAUCAAGGAUAUAGUUUGUUUUCCAUA